UAUUUAUUUAAUUUUCUUUUCCUUUCUCUGUCCCCAAACGGAGACAUAGAAACCCACGCCCAAAAAACGGGUCCAAAACCAGUUUCCCUCUUUUUUCCCACCUUUUUUUUUUUUGCCCUUUUUCUCUCCAGUUUCCCAAUUUUCUCCCACUAUCUCCGCCGCUUCCUCUCUCCCAUUAUUACACAAUUUCACGACAUCCUCGCUGUGGAAAAAAAAAAUUUAACAAAACUGCCCUUUUCCUUCCAUCCUCCGAUUUUCUCUCCCCUAUUUUCCCGAGAAAAAAAGAAAGAAAGCACAAGAAAUAGAAACAAGAAAGAAAAUGAAAGAACCCCAUCUGGGUUCUUGGGGUUCUUCCUUUGUUCUUACCCUCUACGUCGUCGUUUUGUCAAUCUUCUCGCUGUUUUCUUCGCCAGUGAAGUCCCAGUCCAAUGUCGACGGAAAAGCCAUGGAAGCUCUGAGAAAAUCCAUAGGCCAGAACACUCUGGGCUGGGCCGCUGGGUCCGAUUACUGUAACUGGGCCAAAGUCACGUGCGACAAAAGCUCGGGCCGGGUCACAAAGAUCCAAAUCGGAAACCAGAACCUCGCCGGAACCCUCCCACUGGAGAUCGCCGACUUGUCGGAGUUGCAGCAAUUCGAGGUUAUGACCAACCAGCUAAACGGCGCGUUUCCGAACUUCUCGGGCUUGGCUUCUUUGCAAGUCGUUUUAGCCCACGACAACAACUUUACAUCGAUUCCGUCGAAUGUUUUCGACGGCCUUUCAUCGUUGGAAGAGAUUUCUGUUGAUAAUAUUCCUUCUCUCUCGCCAUGGACGAUUCCCGAGAGCUUGAAGAACUGUUCUCAGCUGAAGGAGUUUUCGGCUAGUAGAGCAAACAUCAUUGGGAAAAUCCCUGAUUUCUUCGGGGGCAGCAAUUUCCCCGGCUUGACGAAGCUGCAUUUGGCCAUGAACAACCUCGAAGGCAAAUUGCCCGAUACCUUUUCGGGUUCGAGCAUUCAGUCCCUUUGGCUCAAUGGGCAGAAGCUGAAUGGCUCAAUUGAGGUGUUGUCGACUAUGAACAAUCUCAACGACGUUUGGCUUCACGGGAACCAGUUUUCGGGGCCUUUGCCGGAUUUUUCCAACUUGACGCAGUUGAAUGCUUUGAGUUUGAGAGAUAACCAGUUCACAGGUAUUGUUCCAUCUUCUCUGUUGAGUCUCAAGAGUCUUAAAGUUGUGAAUUUCACUAAUAAUUUGCUUCAAGGACCGCCUCCGAAGUUUGGUGAUGGUGUAAGGAUUGAUAUGAAACAAGGGACUAAUAGCUUCUGUGUUGAUAAUCCUGGGGAUAGUUGUGAUGCCCGGGUUGAUGUUUUGCUUUCAGUGUUGGAACCGUUGGGAUAUCCGGUGAGUUUCGCGCAGAGUUGGAAAGGGAAUGAUCCUUGUAGCAACGAUUGGAAGGGUGUUAGGUGUGAUGCUCAAGGAAAUAUUACUGUUGUUAAUUUUCGUAAGAUGGGUCUUGUGGGUGCGAUUUCGCUGAGUUUUUCGAAGAUUAAGUCAUUGAAGAAGUUGAUUUUGGCUGAUAAUAUGCUGACGGGUAGAAUACCGGAUGAGCUUGCGAGUUUGACUCAGCUUGAUGAGCUUGAUGUUUCGAAUAAUCAGCUUUUUGGGAAAGUACCAAAGUUUAGCCAGAAUGUGCUUGUGAAAACUGAUGGGAACAAAGAUAUUGGGAAGGAAAAGAGUAGUGACCCUCCUGCUGGCACGCCUCCCGGCGGUUCUCCUGGCUCUCCGACGGGUGGUGGCGGCGGUGGAGGGAAUGGUUCUUCGGGAAGCGGCGGGAAUAAGUCUAAGACGUGGGUGGUUGUGGGAGCUGUCGUGGGCGGUGUUGGUGGGUUGCUUGUUCUUGGGGCGGUCGCGUUUUGUUUUCUUACUAGGAAAAGAAAGCAUUCAGGUAGAGUGCAAAGUCCAAACACAGUGGUUUUACAUCCCCAUCACUCUGGCAACCAAGAUGCGGUGAAGAUUGUAGUUGCACCAUCCGGGGCUAAUGGUGGCGGGAGCGAAGUCUAUAGUCCCUCGAGUAGUGGAGGCCGUGACAUUCAUGUUGUUGAGGCUGGAAGUAUGAUCAUAUCCAUUCAAGUCUUGAGGAAUGUGACCAACAACUUCAGUGAUGCGAACAUACUUGGACACGGGGGUUUCGGGACUGUUUACAAGGGGGAAUUGCACGACGGGACAAAGAUCGCGGUUAAGAGGAUGGAAUCUGGAGUGGUGGCUGAUAAAGGUUUAAGUGAGUUCAAGUCUGAGAUUGCUGUUCUUACCAAGGUCAGACAUCGCCAUUUGGUUGCGCUUCUCGGGUAUUGCCUAGACGGGAACGAGAGACUUCUUGUCUACGAGUACAUGCCUCAGGGGACUCUUAGUAGGUACCUUUGUAACUGGAAGGAAGAAGGGUUGAAGCCACUCGAAUGGACGAGAAGGCUGACAAUUGCCUUGGAUGUUGCUAGAGGUGUUGAGUAUCUGCAUAGUUUAGCCCAUCAGAGUUUUAUUCAUAGGGAUCUCAAACCAUCCAACAUUCUUCUCGGCGAUGACAUGCGGGCGAAAGUUGCAGACUUUGGACUUGUACGUCUUGCUCCAGAAGGGAAAGCCUCAUUUGAGACUAGACUCGCGGGAACUUUUGGUUAUCUUGCUCCUGAAUAUGCAGUAACUGGGAAAAUUACUACAAAGGUGGACUUGUAUAGCUUUGGCGUGAUCCUAAUGGAGUUGAUCACCGGACGAAAAGCCAUUGACGAGAGCCAGCCUGAAGAAAGCCUACAUCUUGUCACAUGGUUCCGCAGAAUGUGUACGAAUAAGGAUACAUUCCGGAAGGUCAUUGACCCUGCAAUUGAUCUGGACGAGGAAACUCUUGCUAGUGUUAGCACUGUCGCAGAGCUUGCCGGACACUGCACUGCUAGAGAGCCCUACCAGAGGCCUGAUAUGGGCCAUGCCGUGAAUGUUCUUUCAUCUCUUGUUGAGCUCUGGAAACCAACCGAAACAGAAGAUUCUGACGAUGUAUAUGGAAUCAAUUUUGACAUGAGCUUACCACAGGCUCUGAAAAAAUGGCAGGCUUUCGAGGGAAACACAAACCUGGAUGACUCUUCAUCGUCAUUUUUGCCGAGCGGAGACAAUACGCAGACCAGCAUACCUACCAGGCCAUCUGGGUUUGCAGACUCUUUCACAUCGGCGGAUGGACGGUGAAGCUGACAAAGAAAAGAACCAAUUCCGUUUUGAAGGCUGCAAUUAGAUUUUUUUUUUCCUUUUCUUUUUGUUUAUUUUUCUCUGUUUCUCUGCCUUCUUGUCCAUUGAUUUUGUAAGGCUUGUGCUUGUUUCCUAUUCAUCGUUGGAGUUGCUUUCUCUCGCGUCCCAAACUUCUCAGAGAAAAAUUAGUUUUUGGGUUUCUGGUAUGGUUAGAAGUUAUGAAGUUGGAAAUAGACAGUGAUACUAAGAAAAGAGAUUUGUCUUUAAAAUCUUGCAUCCUUGUGGGGGCUUGGACAAGGAUGGAUUGAGUUCUUCUGUGUAUUUUAUCCUUCCAUCCAAGCUUGUAGACAAAUAACUUGAGUAGCCACUUUCUUCUGCUAUAAUUUAAUAAGUUCUGUGUAUACUUUACUAGCUUUGUUGUAUCCUACAAUUUGGAAAAAGGAUUAUAGAAAGUCUUUAUAAUCAGGAGAUUUUUACGA